AUGGCCAACACGGGAACCAGAGACUGGAAACGUGUACUGAACAUCAACCUCGAUGGGACAUUCUAUGUCCUACGAGCCGCUGCCAAAAUCAUGCUGAAGCAAGAACCCAUUCUUUCUAUCAAGGGGAGUAUUACUGCCAUGCCAGCUGCCUAUGAUACUUCGAAACAUGCUAUUAUCGGGCGUACGAAUACUGCGUCUGAGGAUUAUGCGAAAGAUGGCUUGCGUGUUAAUGCUAUUUGUCCAGGGUACACUGCUACACCGUUGACGAUGGAUGUGCAGUACCUAUAA